AUGUCCCAGCAGCAGCAGCAGCAGCAGCAAAAUGAGCCCUCUUCUGCCACUGCCUCUGUCCCGGCGUCGUCACCUCCUGCGGUCCGAACAUUCAAGCGGGCUGCAGUGGCGUGCAAGGCUUGUAACCUGCGCAAAGUGAGGUGCACCGUCACGUUAUCCGGCCCACCUUGCGCCAACUGCUCUGUGGACGGCAUUACGUGCGAGGUCCUGAGUCGUAAACGACGGCGCAACUCGGACCAACUCCCGACACAUCCCGGGGGUGGACCCGCUGGUGGUGAGAACCCGUUGAUCAUCAUCCCGCAACGAGGCCAAACCAAGCGCCGUCUUCUUGAGCCGCAAACAGCAGGCCCAUAUCCCCGGGAAAAGUCUGAAAGCUCAGAGAAUCGCAAUGUUCGAGGGGGCUCGGCGCCGCUUGAGGAACACCGCCAUGCCAAUGAUGGGCCCGGGUCACCAACUCCCCCCGGACUACUAGCGAGGAACAACUCCGUGGGGGACGCAUCUGCCCACACCACUCGGCCCUACGAUGCCGUGAGAGCUCUGCUUCCCGCCAAAAACCAGCGAUCGGCCCCGGAUCCGUCCGAUGCUACCGAGGACAGCUCCGCUUAUGCAGAGACCCUUGAGGGCGGCAAGAACCGAGAAGACGGCUGCGUGCCAUUCUACCCCGGAGAUCAACGCGGGCCCGCAUUCUUGAUUGACAUUUGUGAACCAAAUCGAUCCUCGAAGGACAAUCAUUUCUUGGUACCCAUGCCCUCGAUCAAAGCCCUGGCCCCAGAGGAUGUCAACUAUCUACGAUCCAAGGGCGCCUUUACGCUGCCUCCAGCUCGCGUUCGCGAGGCCAUGAUACGGUGCUACUUUCACUACGUUCAUCCAUUUGCCCCUAUCCUUGAUGCGAACGAAUUCAUAACCGAGUAUGAGAAAGGACGGAAGAGCCUCUUGUUGCUAUGGAGCAUGUUCAUCGCGGCGGCAAGCUUUGUUGAUGAAAACCUGCUUACCGAGGAUUUCUAUCCUUCGAGGAGAGCACUCAAGAGAGGCAUGUAUCAACGAGCAAAAGCCCUUUAUGAUGCGGACUACGAAAAAGACAAAGUCACUCUCAUUCAGUCUCUCUUCCUAAUGGGACACUGGUAUACCAGUACAGACGACCGUGCCGGCCCAUGGCAUUGGAACGGUAUCGCCAUCAGCCUCUCUCAUACCAUCGGCCUCCAUCGUCUCAACAUGCCAUGUCAACAGGCCUCCCAGGGCACGAAGCCAUUCUGGAGACGCCUCUGGUGGUCGCUGUACAGUCGUGAGGUAUGGCUUUCACUGGGACUCGGUCGACCAAUGCGCAUCGCCUUUGACGACUUUGACACCCCCAUGCCGGCAGCCUGUGACGCGGACGUCCUCUCACCCGAGGUCGCAGGGAACCUCGGCCGAAAGUACCUCCCUGGCGAGCUCGGCUUCUUGUUCGACAUCUGGCUCGAAUUCGUCGGACUCAGCGCCACGCUUGGCAACAUCCUUUCGACGAAUUACCGGGCAAAGGGUGUGAAGCCGUCGAGAGCUGACAUUGAACGGAGCGAGAGCCAGAUCCGGGCGUUUCAGACCCGGGUCCCGGAGGCCACGAACCAGAGCCGGGUGGUUGCAUCUCACAUAUACCAGUUCAAACUUUACUUUGAAACAUCCAUCAUCGUCCUUUAUCGACCCUUCAUCCUAGAUACCCCGCGAGAGAUCCCGGCCGCUGAUCAAGGCAACUGGAGGACCUUUGCAUGCCAGAAAACCCGGACUGCGGCGUCCAAUGCGAGCGCAGCAGUGAACUCCAUGAUGGCGGAGGAUCUUAUCCGUCUAUGCCACACCAUAACGGUCAUCGCCCUAGUGCCACCAAUGCAGAUUCACCUCUUUGAAUCAACGUCGUCCAAACAAAUGGCACGCCAAAUGGGCAGACACAACCUCGCCUUGUGCAUGGUUGCCAUGGACGAGUUGCGCAAGAGCUACAUCUCGGCAGAGGCGUCGUACAAACUCUUCGAGACCGCCAUCAACAAAGUCGACAACGCGCCGCCUCAUCAAGAAUAUCAACCAUCUCCCGCAGCGCCCACUGCGUCAACUACACCUGAUGGCACAAUGAACAGUAACACCUUCGCCGACUGGCCAGACGGUUAUGGUCUGGGCAGCGCCAACAUUAUAUCGAACAUGUGGAGCCCCUUGCCGGGCGCAUAUCAGGACGACGCCUCCAUAUCCGGAACGCACACCGAUGCAUGGCUGGAUAUUCAGUCGAUGGACAGACUGUGGACACUGGACGACUUCAGCCUCCCGUAA